GUGGGAUGGCGGCGGCCCCCGGUGCGGGCGAGCGGGGUGCAGCCGAGUUGCCGGACGGCGGCGCGGACAGCGGGAACGUGUCCCAGAGCCAGAGCAGAGCCUCCGGUCUCGGGGAGGCCGAGGACGAGGACGCUUCGGAGGCGUCGCUCAGCGCCACCGCCGCCGCCUACUCCGCGUACCUGCUCGCCGACCGCAGCCUCUUCAGCGAGCAGAUAGAAAGCUUAGACAAGAGUCUGGAAGACUUACUGACCAGGGUGGAUGAAUUCGUGGGAAUGCUGGACAUGAUUCGAAGUGAUUCCUCUCAGCUUGUCAAUGAAAGUAUACCUCAAAUUUACACAAAAGCUACAGAAAUGAGACAGAUAUAUAGGAAGAUUGACAAACUAGAGGCUUUUGUGAAAAUGAUUGGGAAUAGCGUAGCUGGACUGGAAGAACGGGUCACAAAGGCAGAAACAGACCUUGGAGCUUUUCCGAGCACAUUCAAGAAAAUCUUGCACACAAUCAGCAUACCAUCCUUCCUUAAUAAAUCGUCUUCCUCACGACAACAGCAGACGCUCUAUGAACCUCCAGUCCUCUUCAAGACUGAAGACUAUUUUCCAUGUCUUAAUGAAGGACCAUAUUGAUGAUUUUUGCUUUGGGAUUGAUAUUAAUCAGCCAGAAUAGAGAGAGCCAAGUGAACAAAAGGAAUGCCAACCUCUGAACAGCUGCAUUUUUCUAAGCACUAUUGAUGGCAUAUUGCCAUUCUGAUUCUCAUUGUCUUCCUUCAGGUAAUAUUUUCAGGUAAUCUUUGUUUGUGCACAUUAUUUCAAAAGCCUUCCUAAAACACCAUGUAAGUUUUCAGAUUAUUUUGGGGAAGGAAUUUAAGAAUAUUUUUGCAUUACGUUUUUUAAAAUAUGGUAAUAAUAAGAAACAUACUCUUGUAUAUAAGUUUUUUAAUGCGUAAAUAUCUGUGCUGCUGCAAGUGUAAAUAGCUGUACCACAAGGAUGGGGGUUUAUUUGUCUUUUUUCAUAAUGUGCUGAUUGAGGUGAAAGAAAAACUAUGCAUAAAAUCAUCUGUUCCAAGGUUUUAAGCCUGGUUCCUGCAGUUUGUACAGAAAAAUGCACCACAUUGGGAUGUACUUGUUGCAGAGGCAGGGUCUGAAAGAUCAUCAAGGAAUCAAGGACAUGGCUCGAUGCAUGUGAUGUAGUCCCUGCUCACAAAGCAAACAUCCUGCCCCACUGAUGAUCCUCAGGUCACAAGGACCCAAGCUUUUAAUUAUUGCAUCAUUGUAUUGUUUGAUGUGUAACCAGAUGGGCAUGAAAUAGACUUUUAUAUAUAUAUAGAGAGAGAUAUUGAUGCCUAAAACCUGCUGUCAAAAAGAACAAGUAUCUAAUUUGAGGGGGGAAUGUUGACCCUGGACUGACCCUUGAUCAGGUACCUGAUCAGUUUGCAUUUCCUUCAGAGCUCUCUGUGGUUGCUGAGGCUUCCUGUGCUGAUUGCAGUUUAUGUUAUCAAUAAACUAAUAGCUGGCUAACCCA